AGGUGUUGGGGUGAGUGUGAGGGGCGGGGAGUCUACGGACAGGGAACAGCUCGAAAACUGGGGAGCAGGCUGAAUAGCUGGGUGUCCGGACUCCAGCCUGGGCUUCGGGAGAAUUUCUGAUGCUGACCAGGCCUCCCUCUCGGCCUUCCAGACUUUCUUGCAGGCAGGGCCGGAAGGGAGAGGUGCACCUGCAGCCCGGCCUUCUCGGGUCCCACGCCCAAGAGGUUCAGGCUCAUUGGGGUCCCUCUCCGUGCUUCGGCGUGGGAAAAAGAUUUUGUCACCCACGGUGAGCUGAAGUAGCAACAACUCGGAUCUCAGCCCUAGCCUUCUGCUUUGGAAGGCAAACCCACUGACUAACCUGAACGGACGUCCUGUUAGAGGGUGGCGCCUGGAUGAGCCUGGGGUGGCGAAUACAGUGAGGAAGGUGUUGCAGUUCUUCAGGAGAGAGAAAAUGAUUCACAGUCUAUUUCUCAUAAACUGUUCCGGUGACAUAUUUCUAGAGAAGCACUGGAAGAGUGUUGUGAGCCAGUCUGUCUGUGAUUAUUUCUUUGAAGCACAAGAGAAAGCUGCUGAUGUUGAAAAUGUACCACCUGUCAUUUCAACACCUCAUCACUACCUCAUCAGUAUCUACCGGGAUAAGCUCUUCUUUGUGUCUGUCAUACAGACUGAAGUGCCACCUCUAUUUGUAAUUGAGUUUCUACAUCGAGUUGCUGACACUUUUCAGGACUACUUUGGUGAGUGUUCGGAAGCUGCAAUUAAGGAUAAUGUGGUCAUUGUAUAUGAGCUUUUGGAAGAAAUGUUAGACAAUGGAUUUCCACUGGCUACUGAAUCUAAUAUUUUGAAAGAACUGAUUAAACCACCAACAAUUCUACGUUCUGUCGUCAACUCUAUUACAGGCAGCAGUAAUGUUGGGGACACACUCCCCACUGGGCAGCUGUCCAACAUCCCAUGGCGACGGGCAGGGGUAAAGUACACAAACAAUGAAGCCUAUUUUGAUGUCGUUGAAGAAAUAGAUGCAAUUAUAGAUAAAUCAGGAUCUACAGUCUUUGCAGAAAUUCAGGGGGUCAUUGAUGCUUGCAUUAAGCUAUCUGGAAUGCCUGACCUUUCUCUUUCUUUCAUGAACCCACGGCUUCUAGAUGAUGUCAGCUUCCACCCCUGCAUCCGGUUCAAGCGUUGGGAAUCUGAAAGAGUUUUGUCAUUUAUUCCUCCAGAUGGAAAUUUCCGACUCAUAUCAUAUCGUGUCAGCUCACAAAAUCUAGUGGCAAUACCAGUGUAUGUGAAACAUUGCAUCAGCUUUAAGGAGAACAGUUCUUGUGGAAGAUUCGAUAUUACAAUUGGACCAAAGCAGAAUAUGGGGAAAACUAUUGAAGGAAUCACAGUAACAGUUCACAUGCCAAAAGUUGUACUGAAUAUGAACCUGACACCAACACAAGGCAGCUAUACAUUUGAUCCAGUUACCAAGGUACUAACAUGGGAUGUGGGAAAAAUUACUCCACAAAAGCUCCCAAGUCUUAAAGGACUGGUAAAUUUACAGUCUGGAGCACCCAAGCCGGAAGAGAAUCCAAGUCUCAACAUACAAUUCAAGAUCCAGCAGCUUGCUAUUUCUGGCUUAAAAGUAAACCGUUUGGACAUGUAUGGGGAGAAAUAUAAGCCAUUUAAAGGAGUCAAAUAUGUCACGAAAGCUGGAAAGUUCCAAGUGAGGACAUGAGAAGAAGCCAAAAUUCCUCAAGAUCUGUUUGUUUUCCUAGUGUCAUUAUAGUUUAUUACUGUUAGGUACCAAGUGGGUGGGAAUACAUAUUCUAGUUAAAGCAUCCCUGUUGAGCUACACACCGCUAACGAAGUUGCUUAGUAAUCAAUGUAGGGUUCUUAAGGAGCUUUAAGCUAAGGAAACUUUGAAUUACUUAGCUUAUUUUGUAUCAUUUCAGUUAGGAAGAUUCUGGAGGUGAUUUCCUUCAUGGGGGGCAUCAGCUGGAGGCUGCACGUUGUAACAGUAAAGGCAAAAGUCUACAGUGAUCACCUGUUCCCUAAAACAAGUGAACUGGUCUCAGCCAGCAGGAGCUAUCUUAAUCUGUAAUGUGAUGCAUCAAGUGCAGCCAAAUGUCACACCUGAUUUUAGCCAUCCCAAAUCAGCAACUGUCCCAACAGAGGAAAUCUCCCCACCCCCAAGAAGUUUACAGAAAACUGCCUCUUCAAGUGUUUGCCUUAUUCAGCUUUUCACUUGUGCCAUUAAGCAAGCACUGUAGCAGAAGCCACUUCCACAUGGCCCUGGCAGGGGGCACUACUGCUCCAUGCUUCAUUCUCACUAUACUUGGUAUUGUAUUUUUUAUAAAUAAGAUUUUUAUGUAAAGCUCAGAUUUUGAUUUACAGGGACCUUGCUGCAUACGUACCAUCUCAGUUUUGUGCCACUGGUUCAGCCAUUUAGAUAGCAUAGUAAAAAUGAUUUGUAUCAAAGGGGCAAAUGCUUUAUUAAGGUCAUAAAAGGGAACACUACUUCUGCUUUUAGGAAGUUAUUGCAAGCACAAGCAUUUGAGAUUUGAAGCAAAUUUAAGCAGUAAAAGAGAAACUUCAGUGAACCUUUGCCACCUUCGUGUUCUAUAAAACUUGUCAACACCGCUUAAACCAUAGUUAGCCUAAAGGCCUCAAGCCCUAGUUCAGCAAAAGGAAGAAAAUGUGCCUGCUUCACUAUCGUCAGUCUUUUAAACCUUUUAUCUUUUUUAUUGUUCUUAAGGUCUUUGAAUUUACCUGCAUCCCUUGUCUUCAAGGGGAACCCCCUUUUCAUAUUGUGUGCUUCCCAAGGUUAUGGUAGUAGGUUCCUUCCUGAAGCUGUUCAGAAUUAUUACUUGAAUGUCUCUACUGUACUGACAAAAUACUUGGAUGUGCAUUAUAUUGAGGCAGAAACAAAACCUUCACCAACACUGAUGAAACCAUAUUGAUCCUCAUGGUUGGCAAGUCAGUCUGUAGUUGUAUCACUUCACUCAACUUCAUUGGCUUUGAAGUCCUUGCCCAGUUGUUUUGCCUCAUGAGAUACGAAGGAGAUAGGCUAAAAGAUGUAAGUGCUUGUUCAUCAUGGUUCCCACAUGUUCUUGCUUAUGGUAUUAGUUUUCUUCUCCUUGUGACUCCAUUCUCUUCAUUCGUCUCUGCUUAUAACUGCCUUUUCUGUAUCAUGCUAAGAAUGACCCUUAAAUUCAUCACAUUGUGCUCUCAAGGGCUAGUGGUUGAUGCUGGUACACAGAGCCCACCAUACAGCAGCAUUCUUACCUUUGCCUGCCUAGGGUACCCAGCCUGCCUUUCAUCUAAUAGGAAAUGGCACUUUUUGCAAAUUUGGAAUUUCCUGGGUAACCGAUAUCAGUUUGGCAGCUAAAAUCAGGGCGUUGCCAAAUAUUUAUUCCCUUUGCCUGAGGUUAAUUACCUAGUUCAGUUGCUUUUCAUUUUUAAUGUCUUUUAAUGCCCUAUCUUAAAAGAGCAGUCAGUACCUUGGCUUUUCUUUCUGCAGAAUCCCUAAUCUCAACCAUCCAUAUCGCGAAUGUCCAGUUUUCUUUCUGUGCUAUCUUCUCAUAUAUAAACAGAUUAUAUGCCAAGAGUCCCUUGUCUUUAGCAAUUUCUGCUAAAACUUCCAAGUAGACUGUUUCCUUUUAUAAUUAAAUUAUUGUAUUUAUUAAUUUGAAUCCAGUAAGUCCUUUAUCUAACCUGGCUUUACUGUCAAUAAAAAGACGAAGCAACAAA